CCACAAUUUGCUUUGAGGGAGAGAGACAAAAGAGUCGAUGGAGGAACGUUGCAAGCAAGUUUGGACUUCGGCCUUGUGGAGCACCUUUCUUGCAGAGUAUAUUGUACACCACUGGUGCACGUUAUAUGGCAACAUGGAACCUGCACAUGUUGCGUACGGUUACACUUUCCCCUCUGCUCUGGUUCAAAAUGGUGCCCUUAUAUAGCGGGAAGGUAUCAAGAAACUUUUUCACGCCUUAGAUUUGGUCUCCACUAAAGACGAUGUUCACUUUUCCAGACCUUCAUCGUAAGUGAUUUUGAGCUCUAAUGGCGAGUAAUGUUUCUUCUAUGGACCUUCGAAGUAGUGGUGCCUCGUCGCCCCCUAGAAGAAGAAGAAGGCUUCGAAGCCCUGGUCCUAGUGAAUAUGGAGAAGAUGGUGUUGAAAUUUUUGGUGCGUUUGAGGGAGAAUUAGGGCAAGGGAGCCAUGAGAAUGCUUCUUGUGAUGGAUUGCUGGGGCGUAGAGGGGAUAUGGGGAACCUUGAGGAGGGGACAUGCGGAGAUAGUUUCGGAGGGAUGGAGAAGAGCAUGGGUGAUUUGGACUUGUUUUCCUGCCCUAUUUGCAUGGAGCCGUGGAGCUCUGGUGAUGCUCAUAGGAUCUGUUGUCUUCCUUGUGGGCACUUAUUUGGACACUCGUGCAUAGAAACAUGGAUUCAAAGAUGUGGGAAAUCUGAUGGGAAGUGUCCACAGUGCAACAAGAAGUGUAAAGUCAAAGAUAUAACAAAGCUCUAUGCCCCACGUAUUGCCACUGCUGACGGAGAUUGCAAACAGCAAGUGGUUGCUCUUCAGGUUGAAAAUGAAUCUCUUAAGUUGCAGGCUCAACGACUUUCUGAGAAAAUUGAUCGCCAUAGAAUUCAGAUGUUAGAAAAAAAGCAACUUCACGAAGCAUUGAUGCAGUCUCAAAGGACAGUCUACGAAGCGACUAUCAGUGACCUCCAAGAUCGGAUUACACACAUGCAGUUAGCACAUGAGGAGCUUCGUCAAUCUAAGGAGGCCAAAUUGAUUGCGGAGAUUGAUGAUCUUAGUAGUCGCCUCAUGGAAAUGAAAAAGACCGCGGCUAUGGGUUCCCAGGCGAGUUUGAAGAAACUGGAGAUGGUGGAAAAAGAGGGCCGACAAUGGACUUCUGGGGAGAGGAACGUGUCAAGGAAUAAGGGUCGGGAAAAGACUAACCUAGCAGAGGAGAUGGACUAUGUCUUCGACCCGGAGCCACCCCAACCUCAACUUCCUAGACCUCCUAUAUCAUACAAGAACCUCUUGCAACAGGAGUUUCAACGCCUUGGUCAAACCCUCCCCACAUAUGUGAUUUCUGACUGUGGUUCUCCUCGACGCCGCAUCUUCAAGGCAACUGUCUCUCACCGUGGUCAUGAUUUCAUUGGGGCAUUGGCAUAUACCCGUAAGGCAGCAGAGCAGAGUGCUGCUCGUGAGGCUUACGUCUACAUUUCCAACCAUGGGCCAGACCCCUCCACUGAAGAACGUUUGAAGGAGGCCAAUCUCCUUGUCGAGGCUCUUCGUUGCCAACUCCAAGAGAAGAGCGAGGAGUUGGCCUCUGAGAAGUUCAUCUCCAACUACCAAGAGGCCGAGAUCUCGCGCCUCAGGUCUGAACUUAGCGUUAUGGGGACUCAGCUGGAGGCAGUGACUGCAGCCACUAAGGACCUCACGGCCCAUCUUGCGCGUGUUAUGGCCCUAGAACGAGCACCUGAGGCUAGAAACAGCUCUUAUAUAUCAGCAGGUGGUAGCAACCACACCAUGGCUGAAUAGGUCCUCAUUGUGCCGCAAUCCUCUUUUUGGUAGCACUUUUCUAGCUUUUUGUGGAUGUACUUGCUCUCUUUUUUGGUGGAUUUCCUUGCCCCCACUCUUUGUACAUUGCAAAUAUCAGGCCAUGGGUUCCUCGGGCACAGAAGCCCCUCACUCCUCUAAACUCUUCCUUUUUGAUUUGGACAAUGCUCCCCCCGUCUAAAUUUUAUAAUGUCUAAUAUUAUAUCUUUUUGUACUCC